UGGAUACAUGUUAUGUAGUCAUUGUUCCCUCCCUCCCCCAGGUAUCCAGGAGUACGUGGAGGCUGUGUCGUUCCAUCACUUCAUCAGACAUCGUACUCUCAUCAGCCUGGAGGAGAUUAACACCAAGCUGGUCUUCAUCAAGGAGCCUGAGGCCAAGGACACCCCAGAGGGCCAGCAGCCAAUGGGAACCCCCCAAGUGCUGACCUUUCAGGUGACCCCUACAGACUACCUGUUGGGCGUGGCCGACCUGACAGGUGAGCUGAUGAGGAUGUGUAUCAGUAGCGUGGGGAACGGGGACAUGGACACGCCCUUCCAGGUGUCCAUGUUCCUGCGUCAGAUCCACGAUGGUUUCUCCUACAUCGGUAACACUGGUCCUUAUGAGGUCAGUAAGAAGCUCCACACGCUGAGACAGAGUCUGUCCAAGGUGGAGGAUGCCUGCUAUACACUGAAGGUGCGGGGGUCAGAGAUCCCCAAACACAUGCUGGCUGACGUGUUCUCCAGCAGGCCAGCCAUGAUGGACCAGGACGAGGGAGUGGCCUAGCGAUGAGGGUGGGGUUUAAUGGUGGAGGUGGGGUGUAAUGAUCUGGAAAGGGGUAGGGUUAAAUGAUGGGCGUGGUCUGUACCUAGGGGAAACUUCACCCCCGAGCCCUGUUAUGCAGUCAGGGCCAUGUUCAGAAGGCAAAAUGUUGUGGAACUUUGCAGAUAGAAAUGUAUAAAGAUGUGAUGAUUCCUUUUUCUAGAUGUUCAAGAGGCAUGUUUGUUCUACAAAGUACAUUUCUAUCUGAACGUUCCACAACGGUAUACCCUGGUCUGUUAUUGUUCUGUGGGGACAGCUGGUGUUGGUCUGGAUAAUGCAUUUGUUAUGGUAUUUGGUGUCAACUGUUGUUUCAUCCCAAACAUUGUUCAUUGCUGUUUGUUGUUUGUUCUGAAUCUGAUCAGUGUCGUCACAAUCUCCGCUGUGCCAAACGGUCAAUCCCAAUCUGAAGGUCGUCUAGUUACAGCAUGUAAAAUGUCUCUUCAUUUAGUAUUUUUCAAUAAAGUUCAAAAAGUGUUGUGACGAUGUCACUCCCAGGCAUUA